UGAACUACCGAUUCAGAGUUUGCUGUGGCUGGCUGUUCGGUUUCUUGCAAGGUAGCGACGUGCGGGACCAAAGCAGACUCAGCUCUGACAUUCUUGACCGCAGUGGGAGUCGUCUCAAGACAUGUAUAUCAGGCCAACAGGGUUUACCGAGCCAAUUUUUCCGUCUCAUCCAACCCAAUUUUCACUCUGCUAACUAUUUCCCUGGCCUGACCCUUUCCUUCUUCUCGGUUGCAGCCUUUGCAAGCUACAAUGAUCCUCAAUCCUUCUCUGCUUGUCUUUAUAUCGGGCAUUGGGGUUACCUGGGCUGCCUCGUCCAAUUGCUUGUCGGGUUCCAGCUUCGACACAUGCUGCUCUGAUCGAGAUGCUGUGGGCAAGGGCACCGUUGAUGAUGUCGUCAUGAAUUAUGCCUGCGGAACUUAUGCUAAAGAUGAGACAGUGGGCUAUGGAACGGUGCACAAGGGCGCCGCCAAUGCCAAAGAAUGCGCCGGGCUUUGUGCCCGUGACACUUCUUGCCAGGCCGGUUUCUGGUCUAAAGUGGGCUCCAAGUGCUACUUAUUGAACAAUAAGAGCUACAAGACAUAUCACAACAAAGGCACAUUCUUGCUGUUCGAGAAAACCACCGAGGAUCCAGAACCUGUCAAUGACUGCAAGGAUCAGCUCGAAUCCGCCACCUCCCAGUGUAAUACUGAGAAGGAUAAGAUCAAACAACAGGGAGCACAGAUAUUGCAGAAGUGCCAGGAUGACAAGGACCAAGCUAUCACCCAGGCCGGGUCCAAGUGCGAAGCUGAAAAACAAGCCAUCCGCAAAGAGAAUGCUCAAAUGGCAGAGCAGGCCAGCAAGCAGUGUGAGGCUGACAAAGAUCAGCUUCGCCAGCAAGCAGCGACCGCAACAAGUCAAUGCGAAAAGGACAAAGCGGAUCUCCAGACCAAGUUGACCCAGUGCCAGGCAAACGUGCCCGCGCCGAAACCCGUCCCGGUGAUAGAUCCGAACUGCGAAGCGAACAGCUGGGUGGCCAUGUGUUCUAGUUGCUCCCAAGACACAUUCGUUAUCGACGGAAAGGAAUUCAAGAAAAAGUGUGGUGUGCGCACUGUUGGCGCUCGUGAGGAACAAUGGCUGUAUCGCGCCUCCCUCAUUGCGUGUAUGAAGGAGUGUGCAGGUAGGAAUGAUUGUCUCGGGGUCGGUUGGAGACCCGCAGAAGGAGUACACGGACACUGCCAUGCCCACAUAAGUAUAGGGCACGGUCUCAGAAACGUCCCUGUCUGGAACGAGCAUCUUCUCUACGUGACAGAGAGAGUGACUCCUUACUGAUAGUCUCAUUGUGAGUAAGUAGCAUGCUUUACUCAAGAGUACGGAACAUGGGCGAAGGAAGGGUGUUGCAACGGCUAAGGUUUCUGCUGAGUCGUAAAGAAAGUCAUAAGCAUAAUACUUU